UCCUUCCCCGCCUCUGUUGAACAGCGUCUGCGAGCUGGCGUUGAAAUCCGAUUUCAGAACAGCGUGUGCAAAUGCUCUCUGCUGUUCGAAGCCAGUGACGAUGAUGGCGCGUGUCCACAUGCUGCUGGUGGCUUUGUCGCUGUUGCUCGCGUCUGACUCACGAGGAUCCUCUUAUCGCUUCAGCAGAGGCCUUGCCGAGGGACGCUCUCCUCCACAGUGCGAGCCUAUCGUCGUGUCGUUGUGUCAGAAUCUCUCUUACACGACCACGACGGCCGUAUCGCCUCACCACACCUCCCAGAUAGAAGCCGAGCAAUAUCUCUACACCCGGUUCUCCCACUUACUUGGAUCCGACUGCUCCCCAGACCUUCGUAGGUUCCUCUGUGGGAUGUACGUGCCGGAGUGCGGGGGGUCUGGCCCUGUGUCUGCGCUGCCGUGUCGAGGCCUUUGUCUUACUGCUCGGGAUCGCUGCCAGGAGAGCGGGAACACCUUCUCGUGGCCUGAGACGCUUCGGUGUGACAGGUUCCCAGUGGAGGGAGAGGACGAGGAAUGCUGGAAUGGAAAUGUAGGUAACAGUAUAUCUGGCUUGCGUAAUAGUCCAAGUCUGAGUGACCAGUGUGAACAAAUAGAUAUCACUUUAUGUCAAGGACUGUCGUACAACUUGACGGUGAUGCCAAAUCUGCUCAGUCAUACAACGCAAGAAGAAGCCGGCAUGGAACUUCACCAGUUCGUCCCUCUUGUCAAAGUGCAGUGUUCUCCAGACCUCCAGAACUUCUUAUGCAGUGUUUAUGCUCCAUUUUGUAAUGCACAAGGACGGCCAAUUCCUCCGUGCCAAAGACUCUGUGUCUCCGCAAGGGAUGGUUGUGAAACACUAAUGAACCGGUUUGGUUUCCGGUGGCCAGAAUCUCUAGAAUGCGGCAAGUACCCAGACAGCACAGAGUGUUGGGACGGCAAUGCACUGUCUCUUCCCAACGGCAAUGUUGAAGUAGGCCAAACACCUCCACCUAAAGAUCUGACAAGUAGUCCACUUCCAGGGCCCAAGUGUGAGCCUCUUUCAGUGCCUUUGUGUAAGGGUGUGAGCUACAAUCACACACUUUUCCCCAAUUUACAGAGCCACACUUCUCAAGCUGAAGCUGCUCUGGAGAUGGAACAAUUCAUUCCCCUUUUACGCAGUAAGUGUUCACCUCAUCUGGAACUCUUCUUGUGCAGCAUUUAUGCCCCUGUGUGCACAAUCCUCGAGAAACCUCUCCCUCCUUGUAGAGACCUUUGUGUGACCUUAAGGAGGGAUUGUGCAGGUGUAAUUAGAAGGCUUGGACUGUCUUGGUCAGAAAUAUUUGAAUGUGAGAGAUUUCCAUCAGGAAACGUUUGUGUAAGUGACGUUGGGACAAGUGUUGAAACUUCUACAAGAGAUCCAAGUCCUCAGGUGGAAGGUGGAGGCAUGUCCCUCAGUGAGAAAUGUGAGGUUCUAAGUAUACCUUUAUGCAAAGAUAUGCCAUAUAACAUGACGAUUGUCCCAAAUCUGCUCAACCACAAUUCACAAGAGGAGGCCGGUUUACAAGUUCACCAGUUCUUCCCUCUAGUCAAAGUGCAAUGUUCUCCAGAUCUCCAGAACUUCUUAUGCAGUGUUUAUGCUCCAUUUUGUAAUGCACAAGGACGGCCAAUUCCUCCCUGCCGAAGACUGUGUGUUUCUGCAAGAAGGGGCUGCAAAAGUUUGAUGCAAAGGUUUGGUUUCCUGUGGCCAGAAUCCCUGGAAUGUAGCAAAUUCCCAGAAGGGACUAAUUGUUGGGAUGGCAAGACAGGAAUCUCUACUGCUAGCACCUCAGAAGUAGAAGAAACAUCUUUAAUUGUACCAGAUACCCAUGUUUCAGAGGGCAAAUGUGAGCAAAUUACUAUACCUCUAUGCAAGAACUUGAACUAUAAUUCCACAAUCUUUCCAAACUGGCUUAAUCAUGAAUCGCAAGAAGAAGCCGGCAUGGAAGUUCACCAGUUCGUCCCUCUUGUCGAUGUGCAAUGUUCUCCAGACCUCCAGAACUUCUUAUGCAGUGUUUAUGCUCCAUUUUGUAAUGCACAAGGACGGCCAAUUCCUCCCUGCCAAAGACUCUGUGUCUCCGCAAGGGAUGGUUGUGAAACACUAAUGAACCGGUUUGGUUUCCGGUGGCCAGAAUCUCUAGAAUGCGGCAAGUACCCAGACAGCACAGAGUGUUGGGACGGCAAUGCACUGUCUCUUCCCAACGGCAAUGUUGAAGUAGGCCAAACACCUCCACCUAAAGAUCUGACAAGUAGUCCACUUCCAGGGCCCAAGUGUGAGCCUCUUUCAGUGCCUUUGUGUAAGGGUGUGAGCUACAAUCAUACACUUUUCCCCAAUUUACAGAGCCACACUUCUCAAGCCGAAGCUACUCUGGAGAUGGAACAAUUCAUUCCUCUUUUACGCAGUAAGUGUUCACCUCAUCUGGAACUCUUCCUGUGCAGCAUUUAUGCCCCUGUGUGCACAAUCCUCGAGAAACCUCUCCCUCCUUGUAGAAACCUUUGUGUGACCUUAAGGAGGGAUUGUGCAGACACAAUUAGAAGGCUUGGACUGUCUUGGUCAGAAAUUUUUGAGUGUGAGAGAUUUCCAUCAGGAAACCUUUGUGUAGGUGAUGUUGGGAUAAGUACUGACACUUCAACAGCAGUUCCAUCACCUCCACAAACAGAUCAUCCAGGUACCCAGCUCCUAGGGCUGCCUUCUUUUCCCAACAGCAAUGUUGAAGUAAGCCAAACACCUCCACCUAAAGAUCUGACAAGUAGUCCACUUCCAGGGCCCAAGUGUGAGCCUCUUUCAGUGCCUUUGUGUAAGGGUGUGAGCUACAAUCAUACACUUUUCCCCAAUUUACAGAGCCACACUUCUCAAGCUGAAGCUGCUCUGGAGAUGGAACAAUUCAUUCCUCUUUUACGCAGUAAGUGUUCACCUCAUCUGGAACUCUUCCUGUGCAGCAUUUAUGCCCCUGUGUGCACAAUACUCGAGAAACCCCUUCCUCCUUGUAGAAACCUUUGUGUGACCUUAAGGAGGGAUUGUGCAGGUGUAAUUAGAAGGCUUGGACUGUCUUGGUCAGAAAUAUUUGAAUGUGAGAGAUUUCCAUCAGGAAACCUUUGUGUAGGUGACGUUGGGACAAGUGUUGAAACUUCUACAAGAGAUCCAAGUCCUCAGGUGGAAGGUGGAGGCAUGUCCCUCAGUGAGAAAUGUGAGGUUCUAAGGAUACCUAUAUGCAAAGAUAUGCCAUAUAACAUGACGAUUGUCCCAAAUCUGCUCAACCACAAUUCACAAGAGGAGGCCGGUUUAGAAGUUCACCAGUUUGUCCCUCUUGUCGAUGCGCAAUGUUCUCCAGACCUCCAGAACUUCUUAUGCAGUGUUUAUGCUCCAUUUUGUAAUGCACAAGGACGGCCAAUUCCUCCCUGCCAAAGAUUCUGUGUCUCCGCAAGGGAUGGUUGUGAAACACUAAUGAACCAGUUUGGUUUCCGGUGGCCAGAAUCUCUAGAAUGCGGCAAGUACCCAGACAGCACAGAGUGUUGGGACGGCAAUGCACUGUCUCUUCCCAACGGCAAUGUUGAAGUAGGCCAAACACCUCCACCUAAAGAUCUGACAAAUAGUCCACUUCCAGUGUCCAAGUGUGAGCCUCUUUCAAUGCCUUUGUGUAAGGGUGUGAGCUACAAUCAUACACUUUUCCCCAAUUUACAGAGCCACACUUCUCAAGCUGAAGCUGCUCUGGAGAUGGAACAAUUCAUUCCUCUUUUACGCAGUAAGUGUUCACCUCAUCUGGAACUCUUCCUGUGCAGCAUUUAUGCCCCUGUGUGCACAAUCCUCGAGAAACCUCUCCCUCCUUGUAGAAACCUUUGUAUGACCUUAAGGAGGGAUUGUGCAGGUGUAAUUAGAAGGCUUGGACUGUCUUGGUCAGAAAUAUUUGAAUGUGAGAGAUUUCCAUCAGGAAAAGUUUGUGUAGGUGACAUUAGUACAAGUACUGACACUUCUACAGCAGUUCCAUCACCACCAACAGAUCAUCCAGGUACCCAGCUCCUAGGGCUGCCUUCUCUUCCCAACGGCAAAGUUGAAGUAAGCCAAACACCUCCACCUAAAGAUCUGACAAGUAGUCCACUUCCAAGGCCCAAGUGUGAGCCUCUUUCAGUACCUUUGUGUAAAGACAUGAGUUAUAACGAAACAAUUUUUCCAAACUUAUUAAAUCACAAUUCUCAAGUUCAGGCUGCUCUUGAGAUGGAACGAUUCGUUUCUCUUUUACACAGUAAGUGUUCACCUCAUCUGGAACACUUCCUGUGCAGCAUUUAUGCCCCUGUGUGCACAGUCCUCGAGAAACCUCUUCCUCCUUGUAGAAGCCUUUGUCUGACCAUGAGAAACGACUGUGAAGACCCUAUUAGAAAACUUGGAUCGUCUUGGCCAGAAAUAUUUGAAUGUGAGAGAUUUCCAUCAGGAAAAGUUUGUGUAGGUGACAUUAGUACAAGUACUGACACUUCUACAGCAGUUCCAUCACCUCCACCAACAGAUCAUCCAGGUACCCAGCUCCCAGUGCCCAGAUGUGAGCCUAUUUCUUUGCCUUUGUGUAAGGGUGUGGGCUACAAUCAUACACUUUUCCCCAAUUUACAGAGCCACACUUCUCAAGCUGAAGCUGCUCUGGAGAUGGAACAAUUUAUUCCUCUUUUACGCAGUAAGUGUUCACCUCAUCUGGAACUCUUCUUGUGCAGCAUUUAUGCCCCUGUGUGCACAGUCCUUGAGAAACCUCUCCCUCCUUGUAGAAACCUUUGUGUGACCAUAAGGAGGGAUUGUGCAGACACAAUUAGAAGGCUUGGACUGUCUAGGUCAGAAAUAUUUGAGUGUGAAAGAUUUACAUCAAAAAUACUCUGUGUGGGUGACAUUGGCAGAAAUCUUUGACAGCUCAUCAAAAAGAAAAUGAAACCAUGUUAACCAGUGAUAAAUAAGAGGCUUUAAUAAGAAACUCUACCUGUCCUGAUAAAUUAUGAUUUUCACAGAGACACUGGUUCUUCCUUUUUGUGGUGUUUAUGCCCUUGUAAUCCACAAGAUUUUAUGUAUCAGCAAGAAGGGGCUGUAAAAGUGAUGAAAAGGCUUGGUAUUUAGUGCCAAGAAUCCCUGGAAGAUGAUAAGUAUCCGGAAGGAAUUGUUGGAAAGAUAUAGCCUACUGUUCAGCUGAUAAAUGUGGACCCAUUAUAUUAUUGUGCAAUCACUUGACUUUCAACUGAAGUUUCAAACCUGUUCCAUCAGUAUUCACAGGAAGGAGCUAGUUUAGAAGUUCACAAAUUUUCUCUGGUAGACAGUGUUUAGAAAUUCACAGCUUCUUACGCAGUGAAUACACUAUAGUUUGUAACUCACUAGAAUGGCCAAUUCCUCAUUGCUAAAGUUUGUGUUUCUAUAAAAAGUGGUUGUGAAAAUCUAAUAUCUUGCAGACUGUGUUACUAGGAUGCGGCAAGUAUCCAGACGCCAUAGACAGCUGGGAUGGCAAUUCAGCCUCUCCUUCUAGUAGUAUUUCUUUCAAGUAAACAUAUCUGAUUAUGGAUUUGCCGGCUACUCAGCUUCAAAGUCCCAACUGUGAGUUUUAGUUUUCUUUGUGUAAUGAUGUGCACCAUCCUCAGGCAGAAGCUGCUCUAAAGAUGGAACAAUUCAAUACUUUUUUUACAUGCAAAGUGAUUACCUCUCCUAGAAUACAUGUACCAUAUCUAAAGGUGCAUAUUGACUGUAAAAUAUUUCAAGAUUUCUUGGAAAAUCCUAAAACUUUUAAGUCAGAUAUCAUGGUUUGGUUUUGUAACCCAACUAAACUAUCUCCGGGGAGGCUUGCUACAGUUCCAUGGCAUCACAAUAGGAAACAAAUUGCCAACAUAGCCGACAGAAGUGAGUCAUAUCGGUGAAAUUCCCUUUUUAAUGAUUUAUAUUAGAUAUAAACUACCAAGUUAACAUAACUGUGCCGACCAGAAGCAUUAACUGGAGUGUAUUAAUAGCUUUAUCAUUCCCUAGAAGGUAAAUACGAGCUACUUACAACUGUAUUAUGGCUGUCCUAGGUUGAAAUCAGGUUGAAGCUGAAAAAAAAAAAAGAUGUUUGGAGGAGGAGGGUGUUGGGGGCAAGAACCAGGAAAAAAAACCUAUUUCAUAUGGAAGAAAACGGAAGGAUACAUGAUAGUGAAAACUCAAGGCUAUAGACAUACCUGUCUGCAGAAUUCAGUCUUACAACGUGGCAAUUUAUGGAAACCUUCCCAGUUCUACGACACAAGAGCAAGCAGGUCUGGAAAUCCGUCAGUUCUCUCUUGUGAUAAGUGUAUAAUGUUCCCCUUGUCUCCAGGAUGUUUGUGCAGUGCCCUAGUUUAGCUCAGUCUGGUUCCUCCGUGCCAGAGCCUUAAAGUUUCCACAAAUAAAGGCUGAGGAAAAUGGAAUAGCAAAGUCGUGGUAGAUAUGGCGAGGAGGGAAGUUACCAAAACAACCUUUUAUUUGCAUUAGACUGAACUAUUACGGAAUGAGAGGAGGCAGUCACCAUUAAAAAUUUGAUUUUGAUAAUUCGAUUGCUCUAUUUCUCUUUUGACAAUUGUAGAUUUAUUAUAUGAUUGUAUUUCACUGUUCUUUGCGCUUGCAAUUAUGAUUUCAUUGAGUAUAUUAAUUAAAUAAAUGCAUUGAAAACCC